AUGCCUUCGGGCUUGGUUCACAAAGUGGCACGCAGAGCUGUGCCUUCGUCCCCGUUCGGGUUCAAAGAGGCGGUGGAUGGCGGGCGAGUGGGUCUUGACUGCGUCUGUCAGGGGCCGCUGGGAGACCUUAUUCAACAUUCCCAAUUGACCGUCAAUGUGGAGACCAUGAAAUCCAUUAAGAGGGAACAGAGUCGACAUUCACGGGAAGGAUUUCUCGAGCUGAACAGUGUUCUUCUCUCACUUCCGCCAGAUGAGACUGGUACUAACGUUGGAGGUCAAGUCCGGAGAUCAUGGGCCCUCAUUCCGCUAUCCUUCGACGGAGUCACGGUAAAUCCAAGGGUGGAUGCAAGACCUGCCUCUCCCGGCGGUCAAAACUGUGCUCGAGGAUCGCGAGCAUGCGUCUACCUAAGUCUGUCGACCGGAGCGGCUGCGGAUCACGCGAGGUCCAUCGCCUGGGUGGAUUCGAUCGAGAUCGCCUGUCAGGUCUGGAGGGAGAGCGGCGACACUCCGUUCCCCAUGCUGAAGGUUUUAUCGUCUCUAGACUGGCACGGUCUCGAUCCACGAGGUCUCCGAUACCUCUACUACAUUGCCUCUCUCGGCAACAUUUUGGACCAGAACAACGCUCGCCAAUUCGCCCUCUGGUGGGAUACCUAUGAAGUGGGUAUUCAAGCCACGGCAAAGUAUGACUUCGUUGCAUAUGCUCAGAUAGUGGCUGCCGCCAGCCGUAUCGGGAAAUUGACCAGGAUGGCAAGCGUCAUGGAGGACGCAGUGCGGUACAGGUCAUUGGCUUUGAAAGGCCUGCAACAGGCGCUCGCAUCCUUCUCAAGGGAGAAUGCCGAUGGGGUUUUGGCAGCGUCCAUCAGCUUCAUGUUCAAUCAGCCAACUCCAGCCGAUUUGCGGAGGAUCACGCAGGGGACAGUUGCGGUAGUCGAAGCCAUGCGACCAUGGGCUGCAUCUUCCGGGGCUCGGCCGCUGUUGGAUCACAUCUAUCCAGUCCAACAAGACGCCCGAUGUCCUCUCACACAGCAUGCAGAGAUUCCUUGUUCUCCCGAGCCAACAGUCUCUACGCCUCUGGUCAUGGUGCAGUCCGCUACAGCUGCCAUCGAAUUUCUGCUGGAACAAGGCUUGACCGCAUUAAACCGACUGGCGAUGUGCAUCAAGCACAUGAAAGAGCUUUCCACCGCCGCGCGUGGUCUGGCAGACAUGCUUCGUAUGGCCCAAGCAGAACACUUGAACGGUCAAAAGCACGAUCCGUUCUGGCUCGUCCAUCCCUUCUCCGGGCUAACCAGCCGAGAGUCCAUCUCCUUCAGCGACAUCACCAGCUCCAAACCCUUCGUCCUCGUAUUCUUGGCCCACCUGUAUAGUGCGCUCGUCGUGGUAUCGAUGCUGUACCCGGAACUGGACGCUGCCGGGUUCGUUUCCAUCCGUCUGUAUUCGCUGGAUGCCUUGACACGACAUUUCGAACCCAUGACCGCGAUCGAUUGCGAGACCUGCCGCGAGGCCCACGGCUGUCAGGAGCUUUUGGCCUUUCCCUGGAACGUCCUACAGGCGAACCGAAAAUGGCAAAUGGAUCGGCCAACAGUCUUACCCCGGACAAGUAAUACCUCCACCCGAUAA